AUGUCCAAAAUAGCCACUGGUCCAAGAGAGAUGAUCGCCCUCAAAGCCAUUAACGUCCCCUCUCUUUCACUCUCCUGUGGACAGAAGAAGAUUAUCACCCUCAAAGCCAUUAAUGCCUCCUUCCUGCCUCCAAAGCAAGCCCUUUUCCUGACUGGGAGAUCAACCAACCUAAAGGAUUCAACCUUCUGCCUUUGCAAGUCCGAUGAUCCUGAUUCUAAGGCCUCCCCAUCUGAAGGUGAUACUCAUAAGCAAGAGCUACUCGCCAGAAUAGCUAUGCUUGAAGCUCAAAAAGUUCGUGUCACUGAUUAUUUUGAUGAGAGAUCUGCUUAUCUAACUCAUUUGCCGAAGAAGCCAAUGCUGAAUUCGAUAGAAUUGGAGAAGAUGCUCUCAAAGGACUCGACGAAGCUGGUGCCAGGGUCUGUUGAAUUCCUUUAUUGUCUAUGA